GACUCGGCACAAGUAAACCAGAUAUAAGAUCCGCCGCAACUCUCUGUAACAGUCCGCCGCAACUCUCACCCUCAGCAUUGAGGUAUACGACGGAUCAGCCAUCCAAGAGAGCGCUUCCCAGACCACUUCACCUACCAUGGAUCCCGAGAUACCAUUCCACAGUUGUGAAUUCCUCGCAGACGCAAAGCACGCCCAAUGGCUCUGUUCAGCCUGCGCGGAAAAUAUCAACCUCGACUUCGACACCACUCUUCGCAGAGUAAUGCUUCGCGAAGGCUGGACUGCAUCCGAAAUCAAAGCCGCUGAGCCAGUGCGGCGUUUCGCACAGCGAACUAUGGCCGAGUUGGCUCCAGAACCAACCUUGUCAACGAACUCCCAGCGUCGCGCUUUCCGAUUCAAUUGUAUAUAUGAGCUACAGGCUCGGAUCAAUGCCACCCGAGAGAUCCACGAGGCCAGGCUUGCAGAAAAGGAGAACAGCAUGGGGGACAGAGGUGCUAAGGAAGGUCUGUCCGCGGCACCAUCUUUCGCACCAGUGGAUCCCACGACCAAAGCCACCUCUUCCUCCCCAUCCCGCUCCGGACCGUGUCUCCGCAAACAUGAGAACGAUCCAGAUAUUGAACAAUGGGCCUGCCCGCACUGCCUCUCAGCUCUCGAUAAUGACUUCGACGGAAUCGUGUACGAGGGUAUGCUGAGAGAAGGCUGGAAUCACAAAGAAAUCAAUGCCCUCGGCCCUCUAAGGCGGUUCUCUGAGAGGCCCUGGGAUCAGCUGAAGCCUGACCUGACGUUGGCGGACGAGCUUCAAUUAAGACAGUGGGGCCAGGGCCUUCUUUGGGAACUACAGGCCAGGAUAGAUGGCGUUAGGGCGAUAAAGGAGGCGAGGGAUGAGAUGUGGAACAAGAAUGAGAAAAGGGAGAAGACGUCAUUGGAAACCUUGGGGAAGCUGGCUGGCAUAGCGGCCCUGGAAUUGCAACCGGGGGUGAGCACAUGCGCUGGGCGUCGAUUUUCCUCGCCUUGGCAUGUGAGGAGCAUUUGCUCAAGAGCCACUUCACUUCAUCCGACGACUUCAUCCACUCUUUCUUCAAGACUCCCCCACCCUCGACCAUGAAACAAAUUUGUCAAUACUUUUGCGGCUUCGAUCGUAACCAUGGUACUGGACUGGCUCAGAGCCUCAGAGCUCUCCAACCUGUGGUGCCAAUAUGAAGAGUCUUGUCCAAAACCUGGAAAAGACACAGUUGUCUCUCUAAAUCGGAUUGCCUUUCUUUGAUGCUUAUAAGAAUCGAUCGUGUGGAGUGGUUUGCUCAUUCGAUUCGAGUUGGAAGUCUUUGCCCAGCCGUCAAGUAUGGCAUUUCUUCCUCAAACUUUCAAGACUAAGAUGCUGCGGCUGUCGUAGGUCAAUGUUUGCUGCCGUUAAGAUUCAAGCUACCG